UUGCACAGCGUGCUAGUUUCGCGCCAGCAUUUUCGCGGGGAGUGACAACUACACUGAUAAUCCGCGAGAAAUGAAACACGCCAAAUAAGAUAAUAUCGGUUAUACUUGCAGUAUAUUUGUGGCGUUCAUGGUAUACUUUUAUUUGAUCGUUUGUAUUCUAUCAGGAGUACUAAGCCCUAGGUGUGAGAGGAACCAGGAUGAUGGCGACGGUGCCCCUGACCAGCUCCAGUCUUCUCCCUCUGCUGGAAUCUCUGGAGGAUAUCACAGCCGGACAGCCGGAGCAGACAGACGCCUACCUCACCAUUGUCAAUCGUCUCAGUGGGGAUGAUGGAACACAGUUUCUCCCUGCCGUUAUAAAGAACUUUUCACGUUUGGGUAAAACUUUCCAGACCCAUAUCGCCAGUCAGAAUGCAGAGCUGAGCCAGGCUGCACUACAGGCCCUGGGGUUCUGUGUGUUCCAUGCCCACGUCGUCUCAGCUAUCCCAGCUAAUUUUGCAGAGGAGCUACUGUCAGCUCUUUCCUCUCUGGUGGUGAAGUCUACAGACAAGAACACAUGCACCAGAGCAUUAUGGGUCAUCUCCAAACAGAACUUCCCUCCAGAGGUGGUGGCCAAGAUGGUUCCAGAGAUUCUGAGGACCCUGGAGUGUGUACGGACUAGAGAAGACAUCCAGUCUGUUGUCAUGGAGCAUGAGUCGUUGAAUGUUAUCAUAAGGUUGCUGGACCAGGCCCCAGCCCAGAUGGGUGAGCGUGCAGUACAGUGGGCCAAGCUGGUCAUCCCUCUGGUGGUCCACCCAGCCUCUAAAGUGCGCCUGCGGGCGGCAGCAGCCCUGGAGAUGGGUCUGCCUCUACUAAUGGAGAAACAGAAAGAGGUGGCAGCCAUCAUAGAACCCAUCAUGUCUUCAAAACUCAUCCCAGAGCUCCAGAAACUGUUCUCUACGAAGAACGAGACCAAUGUUCUGAAACUCUGGCCGUUGUUUGUCAGGCUCCUGGGGAAGCUGCUCCAUAGAGGUGGUCCCUUCAUCAACUCCCUGCUUGGCCUGGAGGAACUGGGCUUCCGUAGCUCCUCCCCCAACAUCAAGAAGAUCGCCUUCAUCGCCUGGAAGAGCCUCAUAGACAACUUCUCCCUCAACCCAGAGAUCCUGUGCAGUGCCAAGCGGCUAAAGUUGCUGCUGCAGCCCCUCGGCUCCAUCCAGGUGAGGACUGAGGCCCUGCUGCUCACCAAGCUGGAGGUCUGGUGGUACCUGGUGGUCAAACUGGGACCCAACCUGCCUGCACACUUUGAACAGGUUGGUGUUCCUCUCCUCCAGUGCACCCUGGGCAAUGACUCUGCCUUCCCAACUACUCCUGCCCGGAGCUCCAUUCAGAGCAGUGCUGUGGGGACCAGUACACAUAAAACUGGUGCCCCAGCCUUCUCCAGCCCUACAGUGAUGCCCCGUCUGAGCCUGAACUGCAGUGUGGUGGCGGGCCAGGCCUACCCCUCUAUACAGCUGCUGGGAUUAGAGAUGCUGCUGCACUACUUCAUGGGGUCAGAGGUCACCGCCGCCGCUGCCAAGAACCAACUGACGCUCAGCCUGGAACCUCUGGUUCACCCCUUCCUUUCCAGUCCUCCCUCCUUCACCAAGCACGGCUCUUUGCUUAUCUCCGCAGUCCGCGACAGCUUCAUCUGCAUCGGCAAAGACGCCCCAGAUGCCUUGCUUGCCCUUAUAUGGAGGAACCUUGUCAGUUUCGUAAUCACAACGAUUGAUGCUGCUGGCCAUAAGAAAGAGCGCCAGGGCUCUGAGCUCCUCCCCCUGUUGCUACAGGCUCUCCAGAGCGUCAUCUCCUCAGAGGCCCUCCCUGCACACAGGGCUCUGAGUCUGCUGGACAUGACGGUGAAGGGUAUCCCUCAAAGGAUACUGGGAUCUGCCUCUUACCAAGUGGGCAAAAUGGAUCUUUUGAACGGAACCCCGGCUCUGUUCCUGAUUCUCCUGUUCUACAACAGCAGUCUGGUGGGAGGGUUCGUAGACGACGAGAGGUUUUUCCUGUGUUUAGAGACCCUAGUGAGCUGUGGUCUCUCAGGCCUCACGUCCCCUCUGGCAUUUGGGGAGGCGGUCCUGGGGGCGGUGGGGCGCAGCGCGGGGACUCUGGGGAAUAAGGAGCAGCUGUGGAGGAUGUGGAGCGUGGUGGUCAACCCACUGACUGUUACCAUCACACAGACCAAUGAGGUGAACCAAGGGGACGCUCUGGAGCACAACUUCAGUGCUGUUCACACUGCCCUGAUGUUCCCCAUCACACACCUGCUACCUGGCAACGCCCUGCCACAGGUGACCCAGAAGUCCAUGCUGGGUACGUGGUCCAGGCUGUAUAAGGUGUUUGCCUGCUGCUCUGCCCUGGUGGCCACGGCCGAGGAGAAUGUCUGCUGUGAGGAGCUGUGUGGCAAAAUGGCUGCCCUAUUGGACAGGAAGGCCCUGAGGGUUCCGUCAACGUUGGAUGCGGUUGCUAACAUCCUCCUGGUCAUCGUUGAGAGUUCUGACUUCUCUCCCUACACCUCACAGUUUCAACAGAAGAUGAAAUCUCCCCACACCCCUCUGGCCUGGGUGCGUAAGAAAAGCAAAGCCCUUGGGAACCUGUCUACCUUCCAGACCCUGCUGGUCCAGGCCCUGGAGGCCUUUAAUGCUGUUGAGGCUCCUGAGACGGUCCCUGAGGGUACAGGCCUGGCCCUGGUCUCCAUCCUCUCUACCCUGUUCUCUAAUCUGGCCCUGGCUACAGCCAUCCAGGAGGCCCUGGCCUCUCUCACAAAGCCCCUCACAGCCCUCUAUGAACAGCCUGGGAGGACUCCAAAUGAGCAGCUGAAAUCCACCUCAAGUCUUGGAGCAAAACUGGAGAAGCUCCUGGUUGAUGUGUUGGGCUGCCUGCAGACAUGUUCAGCCCUGGCCUAUGAUGAUGAGCUGCUGUCCCUGCUGUCCCCCCUGCUCUGUGUCCUGUUCCUCCACCGGCGAAAGCACAUCCGUUCCCUCGUCACACAGUUCUGGAACGCAACCUUCGCUAACGCUUUGGCCCUCGUCUACCCAGAAGAACUCAAGCCAGUGUUGAGCCAGGUGAAGCAGAACACUCCUAUCCUCUUACCUGGCUUUCAGUCUGUUGAAGUUCCAGAUGAGCUCAGUGGACAGUACUCGAGUGAGAGCUCUCAGCUGGAGACCAAGCUGAGUGGAGUGCAGAUGACUCCUGGGGUGAAGAGAGACUCUCUACUGGCGAGGGCUGGAGAGAUGAAGGACAGGAGCUCCAAGACAUCUAAGCCUGUCUCUAUGAAGCUCGACUUUGGCUCUCCCAAGCCGCCUCGUAGAGAAGAACUGGAGGAGCAGGCCUCUAUAGACUUUGUGUUCAUACCCCCCGAGACUAAGGAGAGAGUCCUGACCGAGCACCAGAAAGAGGUCAAGAGAACCAAAAGGGUUGACAUUCCUGCCAUGUACAACAACCUGGAUGCUUCCCUUGAUACCACGGUCUUCACCCAGUACACACAGAGUCAGGAGGAAUCACUGGACAAAUUGCCAGCAGAUGAGCAAGCCGAAGAUGCUGAAAAGGAUGAGGUUAAAGCGGAGGUUCCAGAAGAAAACAUGGAAAUGGGGGAGGACGUUGCUGACGACACCCAGGAAUAUAUCAGUCCAACCCAUGAGACAGCAGAAUCUGCAAAGGGAGAGGAGGAGCCUGCUGAUGAGUUACUUCCUGAGUCUGCAGACAUUUCCAUGGAGGAGGGUGUCAAUGAAGAUGUUUCAUUGAAGGAUGACUCUGCCAUGGAUACCAGAGAAAGCACCAACCCUGACGUCUCUGGCUGCUCUGACAUGGUCUCAGGGACGCCUCAGAAAACCAACAGUCGUCGCCAGUCUUUCAUCACUCUAGAGAAGUAUGCUGAGGGGAAGCCUGCUAGUCCUGCCAGCGUGGUGACGUUUACAGGCCCCCUCACCAGGACCGCUAACAGCCAGAAGCAGGAUGCUUCCUCUCCGGAACCACCGGCAGGGGCCGGCCAGGCGCAGGCGGCUUCCUCUCCGGAACCACCGGCAGGGGGCGGCCAGGCGCAGACGGCUUCCUCUCCGGAACCACCGGCAGGGGGCGGCCAGGCGCAGGCGGCUUCCUCUCCGGAACCACCGGCAGGGGCUGACACGGACUCGCAGGAGACUGAACAAGCAAGAUUUAGAUGCUCCAAGAAUCAGUCUUCCAAAAAAGAGGGAGAGAAACCUGAACCUUCAGAAGACAAAAAGCAAUCUGAGGUUGAGAAACCAGCUGAGAAAAGACCAAGUGAAACCGACGAGGACGACGUCAUCCCAGACACCCAGACUCCGGUGGAAAUACUGAAGGAAGUUCUAGUUCCUGAAGAAGUAGUAAUGGGAAACAACAGUCAGAAAGAAGAGGAAUCUCCAGGUCUUCUGGAAGGUUCUCCCAGUUCCCAAGCCGAUCUGAGCCAAGGUGAACCAAGGCGGUCCGGACGGCGGAGGAGCAGGCCACUGAGACCAGGAGAAGAUGCAGAGGUAUGGGAAGAGAAAGACAAACGGAGAAAGUCUCAACCCAAAGAGGCAGAGUGUGAAACGGAUUCACCAAAGACUCCCUCUCCUGCCAGUCAAGCAGAUGGUCAGUCACAGGGUAGAGCCAGUAGGAGAAGUAAGCUGGCUGUUGACGUGGAGGACCAUGGAAAAUACAAGCUGAGAAAAAUUAGUCACAAGGAGGAGAGCGAGUUGAGCCAAUCAAAUUCACAGGUGGCCACGCCUUCACCUGCUGCUGAUAUCAACAGCCAAUCACAGGGUAGCACGGUAUCAAGUAGAAGGAGCAGCAAAUCAGAGGAUCUGGUCAAAGACAAACAAAAGAGAGGUGUUGCAGAGGAGGAGCUCAGUCAAAGUGACUCUCAAACGGACACCCCCUCUGCCUCUGAUAAUGAUAGCCAAUCACAGAGUAGAUGUAGUCAGAGGAGUAAGUUGGCUGUGGAAGUGGAGGAUGAUUGCAAGCAGAAACUAAGGAGUAUUAGGGCUCAGAAGGUGGAGGAGAAGACAAGCCAAAUUGAUUCACAUGUAGCCACACCAUCUCAACAAGAGAGCCAGUCACGGGUUCGUGCAAGCUGGAAGAGCAAACCGCUCAGUGAUUUGGAGGAGGUUGACUUUGUAGAUGAGGUUGACAAGCAGGAUCCUACUGAGCACCAAAGUGAUUCUCAGAUUGCCACACCCUCUCCUGCUGAUCAAACAGGAGAUGGCCAAUCACAGGCUAGAUCUAGCAGGAGGAGUAAAUUGGUCACCGAGUCAGAAGAACAGGGUAAAGGCAAGCCAAAGACGAGAGGCGGUACAGAGCUACUCAGCCAAAUUGACUCAAAGACUACACCUUCAGCCACUCCAACAGACAGCCAGUCGCAGGGUAGAGCAAGCAGGAGAAGCAAGGUUCCCAUUGAAGUGGCUGAGUUUGAGGUCAAAAGAAGCCUGCAUUUGGCCACUGAUUCAGCAGCAACACCAGAGAUGAGCCACACUCAUUCUCAGGUCGCUCCUUCUGCCACCAGUCCAACAGACCGCCAGCUGAGGCCCAGGGGCAGAACCAGUAAAAGAAGCAAGAUGUUAAAGGAGCAGGUAAAAGCCAACAGCAGCCCUAACCCAACUCCUAACAUGGAGACUGAGAACUCACAGGUGGGAGAUACAGAAUCCUCACAAGGAAGUGGAAGGACUAAAAGGCGCAAUGCCUCCCAGGCCUUACUAGGCUCCAACGUGGAGAACUCGGAGUCGGAUGCUUCAGAGCUCCGGGAGGAUGUCCAGAAAGGCCGGAAGCCCACGUCAGCUGGAGCGAUUCCAAACCCACUGGCUACAGUUGGAUCAGCAGAGCCAGGGGCUGACCAAGAUAUCCCAAUGAAUAGUUCUGAAACUUCUCUAAAGUCAGACUUGCAAAAGUCAGACUCGCAAAACCCAUCAAGUGAGGCCUUCGAAGUCAAUAUUCCACAGGAUGUGGAGGAAGCCCUUAAAAUGGUCAACUCCCUUAAACCUGAAGUGGUAGUUCCAAGUCUUCCUGUGAUAACUCAGAUAGCUCUGGGGCAGAGGGAGACGGACAUGGGGGGUGUGGUUGAGGCAGUUGACCCCGUUGUGCCAGAGAAGGCUGAGAGUGAAAAUACUAAGCUUUCUUCUCAACAGGACUCUUUAGUAGAACCUGAUCUAGAACAUAAGAGCCAGGAUGCGUGUAUGUCUCGAUGGAAGAAGAAACGUGGACAUAAAUGGUCAAAAAGCAAAGCGAAUUUCAACACAGUUUCCUCUCAGGAGAGUGACCAUGGUGACCUAGAGUGUGACAAGCCAACACAGAUCCAAAGUAAGCUGCUCACUGACUCUGAGCAGGCCAACUCUCCCACGCUUUCCACUGAAGGAAAUGCCAUCUCUGAAGAUGGACUAAACAGACUAUGUACCCCUCCCAUUGCCAAUGGCCUCCCCCCAGAUACUUCACCUACUGAGGCAACAGAGGAGAAACUGAGUCUUCAGGUCUCUGAGUCCUCAGGGAAGGUUUUAGAUGGGCUGAAGCCUGUGGCUGUUUCCAGUGAGGAAGUGACAGAGGAGCAGAUGGGAGUACACGAGGAGAACAUACAUCCAGAGUCUGCUACCAAUGUUCUAGAGGAGGACCAACUGGAAGAUGUUGGCAGGUCUAUUGGGCAAGCCCAGCCAGGGUGCUCCAAAGCUUUAGAUGAGGAGCAACGGGAGGAGCAGUACACAUCUAUCAAAGAAGGACAGCCAGAGGCUGACAGCACCUCUACUGGAACCAGAGAAACCCACACUGAGCCUCAGGCGGACAACGUUCAAGAUAUCACUCCUCUCCAAGAGAGGGCAAAAACUGACAAUGUAUCUGGCCUCGAGUGUGAAGAGGGUGAAGAAACCCAGAUGGACAAUAAUGACCUAGAUCUCUCUCCUGUAAACUAUUUUACCCUUGUGUCCUCUGACCUUCACGAAGCCCCAGUGCCUCUACAUCACCCAAGUACCUCUAAAGACAUGUUGUGCCAAGACUCCCCACCCAAGCAGAAGGAUGCUGUGAUGGGGCUGGAGGUGGGCCAUAGCCCCAGCAGUGGCAGGACCAGGGGGUUGUGGUCCCCCUUAGCUUCCCCCUCCACCUCUAUCCUGAAGAAGGGACAGAAAAGACCAAUAGAAGAGGAGAGUCCUUCUCCUUUCACAAAGUCUCGACGAGUAUCAUUUGCUGACCCAAUCCAACACCAGGAGCUGGCAGAUGACAUUGACCGUCGCAGCCCUGUCAUCCGAUCCAGCUCCCCAAGAACCAAAACUACCAGCAGCAGCAUCCCUCAGGCGAAGUAUAUCACAACACCAACAAAGGGCCUACUGAUCCUCAGUCCACGCAAUCUCCGCAGCCCAGGGUACAAGAGCUCCAAGAAAUGCCUGAUCUCUGAGCUGGGCCAGGAGCCGAGGCCCAUCCCUAAGGACUGUGUGUACCCUGCCCUGGUCCGCUGUUCUACCCCUGUGGAAGCAGUGCUGCCUCAGAUCACCUCCAACAUGUGGCCUCGUGGCUUCGGCCAGCUUGUGCGAGCCCGGAAUAUCAAAACUGUCGGAGACCUCAGUGCUCUCACACCAAGUGAAAUCAAGAACCUUCCCAUUCGUUCCCCAAAGAUUUCUAAUGUGAAGAAAGCACUUAAAAUAUACCAUGAACAGCAGCAGAAGGGCCGUAGUGAUGAGCUGAAGAGUUUUGAGGAGAUGGAGAAGAUGACAUCUGAGCUGGAGGAACCAACUGAUCCUCAGAACCAGGAAGAAGACAAGACUCCAGGAGAUGCUCUAGUCACAGAGUUGUUGGAUGAGCCAGUGUCCAAGGAGCGACCAGACCAGAGCAGGCCUGACCACCAGAAGACUGCUGAGGGGGGUCUGCUGUUGGAGGUGGAGUCUCUGGCGGCUCAUCUGACUGGGGAGGGAUUGAGCCACUGCUCCUCUGACCAGCUGGUUCAGAUCCAUGAUCAGCUGGGAGGCAUGAUGAGGACUGUGGUGGUGCAGCUGCAGAGCAGACUACUGGCUCAGAACAAAGACAGCGGACCCUGAUCCAAACACUAUACAGUCCCAGGGUUUGGAUUACAUAAUUUGGGAAUGCCCCAUGUGAAGUCUCUUGAAGAUGCCUAUUGACAAUUGUGGGGGGCGGCACAUUGGUGCUUGAAUUCUUGUUUAUGUGGGGGCCGGGGCCCCACAGCCCCCACACCCCAAUCAAGGUUUCCCCUCUCACACUCAGAUCUUAAGUUAACCAAGUACUACACCACAAGUCCACCAGGAUCUGUUUGGAUUGUGUUUUUAAACUCCUGUUUUCCUUGUCCUCUCUGAUGGUGACAUUUUAUAAAUGCUAGUUCAGGCUAAAAAGUAGUGGUGGCGAUUAGUUGUCAUGGCAACAGAGUGAAAGCGACGCAUGGUCUGAUUGGCUAUACCAAGAAGUGAUAUUUUAACGAUACAUUGUGGUCAGGAGGAUGCCACUUUUUACGUUGUGUACUUAAAUAAAGGUUUGAAAGACG